UGCUGUAUUCGUCGUCAGGGUGACCAUGUUCUCUCGCCGUACGCUUGGCUGCGUGUUGCAGUCACGAGUGACUUGUACACGUAUUACCCUUCCUCUUUGGCAGAAGAUUUUACGCAAUUCGUCAUCUUCAUCUUUCGAGGUUGCUCAAAGUAGACUGGCGAGUUUGCGAGAGGAACCAGACAAUGACACGAAACUCAAGCUCUACGGGUUGUUUAAACAGGCAACAGUGGGCGAUUGCACUGCUCUUAAACCAGGAAUGCUCGAUUUUGUUGCAAAAGCGAAGUGGGAAGCUUGGAAUCAAUUGAAGAACACAACAAAGAGUGAUGCAGAGUCAGGUUAUGUCCAACUAGUUGACACACUCUUAAGUCAUGAAGAUAAAGAAAGUGAAACCUUGAAUCUGUUGACGUCAUCAGAGUCUGGUGUAUUUACAAUAACAAUGAACAGACCUUCAAAGAAAAAUGCUCUUACUACUGAGAUGUACAGAGGCAUUAUUUCUGGUCUUGAUGAAGCAGCAGCUGAUGAGUCUGUCAGGAUAGCAGUUUUAACGGGAGAAGGUGACUUUUACAGCAGCGGCAAUGAUUUGAAGAAUGUGGCUAUGCUGGCUAAACCUGGCGGGUUAGAAAUGGCAUAUAAAGGGGCGGAGUUGUUAAGGGAGUUUGUUGAUCGAUUUAUCUCUUUUCCUAAACCUUUAGUUGCUGUUGUGAAUGGGCCGGCAGUUGGCUUAGCUGUAACAACACUUGGACUUUGUGACUUAGUGUAUGCAUCAGACAAGGCUACUUUUCAUACACCAUUCUCUUCACUUGGCAUUACAGCCGAAGGAUGCUCCAGUCUUCUGUUUCCACGCAUAAUGGGACCAGCCAGGGCAAACGAAUUAUUGAUAUAUGGUCGCAAGCUGUCUGCCACUGAUGCCUAUGAUUGGGGUCUGGUUAGUGAUGUUAUACCAUAUAUGCACUUCAAAGAUGAAGUCAGUAGUAGACUCAGGCAUUUAGCUGGCCUUCCUCCACAGGCCGUUCAGUUGACAAAGAAACUGUCACAUGAAUGUACGUCUGACUUACUACAUCAUGCCAACAAGAGGGAGGUUGAAAUUCUGCGAGGGAGAUUUACAUCUGAGGAGGCAUUACAAGCAGCAACAAGGUUCUUUCUCAAAAACAAGACCUAAGGUAUGUGAAGGAGGUUGCUGAGUGUACAUGGCUUGUUUGCUGACUCAAGACUAGGCAUGCAACACUAAGUUACAAUAGAAUGUUGAAGUUGUUGCCACAAUGCCUUGCAGAUAUUGCCUGAUUAUGUAUGAUUUGCCAAUCUGAAAGUAUGAUACUGUAAAU